UGGGCCUGGGGAGAGUGGAUAUAGUGAAUGCGGGGUCCGGGGAGACGGGAUAUAGUGAAUGCGGGGUCCGGGGAGAGCGGAUAUAGUGAAUGCAGGGUCCGGGGAGAGUGGAUAUAGUGAAUGCAGGGUCCGGGGAGAGCGGAUAUAGUGAAUGCAGGGUCCGGGGAGAGUGGAUAUAGUGAAUGCGGGGUCCGGGGAGAGUGGAUAUAGUGAAUGCGGGGUCCGGGAGACCAGAUAUAGUGAAUGCGGGGUCCGGGGAGACCAGAUAUAGUGAAUGCGGGGAUCUGGAGAGACCAGAUAUAUUGAAUGCAGGGUCCGGGGAGAGUGGAUAUAGUGAAUGCAGGGUCCAGGGA